AGAGAAUUUCCGGAAAAGGCUGCUGACACGAUUCAAGAUCACAAAUCACAAUCACAAUCACUCUCACUUUCUCUCCUCUCCUCUCCUCCUUGGCUAUAAAAUUUCAAAAGCAAACUAUUGAUAAUGAAAACUCUUACAAUCUCUCUCCUUAUGGUUUGGAGUUUUCCUCUCUCCGGUUCUUUUCCUGCCAUCCAAACAGUUCUUCUGGAUUAGACAAAAAAAAAAAAAAAAAAAAAAAAACCAAAAAAAAGAAAAGAAAAUCGAGAAAAUCCUAGGGUUUCGAUCGCCAAGAUCUCCGUUUCAAUCUUCUUAGGCGUCCGGCUUGGGCUCCUCCUGGAUAAGAGCUUAAAUUCUCAUCAGAUAUCAACAGCUGCCUUUCCAUUAGGCUGCUUACUCAAUUCCAAGUGAAUAAUUGUCAAAUGAGAAAAAUAUUAUGUUUUCUCAAUUACAUCUAAUUUCUAGCUCUGGGGGCUAGGAGGAAGCCAUCACAGUUGCUGAUAUUUGUUGAUAGGGGGGGUUGAUCUUAAGCCAUGCCUUCUCUUCAACUCUUGCAAUUAACAGAGCAUGGUCGAAGUUUUCUUGCCUCAAGGAGGAAAACUCUGCUACUUGCCACUGGUAUCUUAGUUGCUGGAGGGACUGCUGUGUAUGUGCAAUCACGGUUUAGCUCUAAAAAGCCUGAUUCUUUUCAUCAUUACAAUGGGCUCAAUAAUGAUAAAGAAAAACUGGAGAACGUGGUUAGUGAUACUAGUAAUGUGAAGAAAACUACACGGAAGAAAGGAGGAUUGAAGUCACUAAAAGUCCUUGCUGCAAUCUUACUGUCUGAGAUGGGCAAGAUGGGUAUGAGGGACCUCUUAGCUUUAGUGGCCAUUGUGGUUUUGCGAACUUCUUUGAGCAACAGGCUAGCGAAAGUGCAAGGAUUUCUAUUCCGUGCUGCUUUUCUUCGACGUGUACCAUUAUUUUUCCGGUUGAUUUCAGAAAAUAUUUUAUUAUGUUUCCUUCUUUCAACCAUGCAUGCGACUUCAAAGUACAUUACAGGAAUCUUAAGUCUACGGUUCAGAAAAAUUUUGACGAGACUUAUCCAUGCUCAUUAUUUUGAGAAUAUGGCUUAUUACAAAAUAUCACAUGUUGAUGGCCGAAUAAGUAAUCCUGAACAACGAAUUGCCAGUGAUGUACCGAGGUUCUGUUCAGAAUUGAGUGAACUUGUACAGGAAGAUCUAACAGCUGUAACUGAUGGUCUGCUCUAUACUUGGCGCCUGUGUUCUUAUACCAGCCCCAAAUAUCUGUUCUGGAUAUUGGCCUAUGUAACAGGAGCAGGUGCCAUGCUCAGAAAUUUUUCUCCUGCUUUUGGGAAACUAAUGUCCGAAGAGCAACAAUUGGAAGGAGAUUAUCGGCAGCUGCAUUCUCGGUUGAGGACCCAUGCAGAAAGUAUAGCAUUUUAUGGUGGAGAAAGCAGGGAGGAGUCUCAUAUUCAGCAGAAGUUUAAAAACUUGCUUAAGCAUAUGAGUCUUGUGCUUCACGAUCAUUGGUGGUUUGGGAUGAUUCAGGACUUUUUAGUGAAGUAUCUUGGUGCUACAGUUGCUGUUAUACUGAUCAUUGAGCCCUUCUUUUCUGGACAUCUGAGACCUGAUACUUCAACCAUAGGGCGUGCAGAGAUGUUAAGCAAUUUAAGAUAUCAUACAAGUGUCAUAAUUUCACUAUUUCAGUCUCUUGGGACUCUUUCUAUAAGUUCAAGACGUCUUAAUCGUCUCAGUGGUUAUGCUGACCGCAUUCAUGAAUUAAUGGCCAUAUCAAGAGAGCUAAGUGUGGGUAAUGAUAAAUCUUCUCUGCAGCGAGAUGGGAGCCCUAAAUACAUUAGUGAAGCUAAUUACAUUGAGUUUGCUGGUGUCAAGAUUGUUACCCCCUCUGGUAACGUUUUGGUGGAUAAGUUGACUCUAAGGGUUGAAUCAGGAUCUAAUCUUUUGAUCACAGGUCCAAAUGGUAGUGGGAAGAGCUCACUUUUCCGAGUUCUAGGAGGCCUUUGGCCUCUAGUAUCUGGACACAUUGUGAAACCUGGGGUUGGUUCUGAUCUUAAUAAGGAGAUUUUCUAUGUGCCACAACGACCGUACACAGCUGUAGGAACACUUAGGGAUCAGUUAAUUUAUCCUCUUACUGCAGAUCAAGAGGUUGAAUCUCUCACUGAUAGUGGGAUGGUGGAGCUAUUGAAAAAUGUUGACCUUGAGUACCUAUUAGACCGUUACCCACCUGAGAAAGAGAUAAACUGGGGAGAUGAACUGUCUCUGGGUGAGCAACAAAGAUUGGGGAUGGCUAGACUGUUUUACCAUAAACCUAAAUUUGCAAUUCUUGAUGAGUGCACAAGUGCUGUUACAACUGAUAUGGAGGAACGUUUUUGUGCUAAAGUUCGAGCAAUGGGAACAUCAUGCAUAACUAUAUCACAUCGACCAGCACUAGUUGCAUUUCAUGAUCUGGUGUUAUCCUUGGAUGGAGAAGGAGGCUGGAGGGUUCAUGAUAGAAGGGAGGAUUCUCCAGUCCUUACUGAAGCAGAUAGCACUAUGGUGAACCCUUUUGAGACAAACCGCCAAAGUGAUGCAAUGGCUGUUCAACGAGCAUUUGCCUCGACUGUAAAGAAUUCUGCAUUUUCAAAUUCGAAGGCAGAGUCAUACAUUACAGAGGUGAUAGCAAGAUCUCCCUCUGUGGAUCAAACAGUUCAAUUGCCUCUGUUUCCACAAUUCCAAACAGCUCCGAGGGCAUUGCCAUUGAGAGUAGCUGCCAUGUUUAAAAUACUGGUACCAACUUUACUUGAUAGACAAGGAGCACAAUUGCUUGCAGUUGCUUUUCUUGUUGUAUCAAGAACAUGGAUCUCAGAUCGUAUUGCCUCACUGAAUGGAACCACUGUGAAGUUUGUUUUGGAGCAGGAUAAGGCAUCCUUUCUUCGGUUAAUUGGUGUUAGUGUUCUUCAAAGUGCUGCAUCUUCUUUCGUUGCACCUUCUUUAAGGCACUUGACAGCCAGGCUGGCCCUUGGUUGGAGGAUCCGUUUGACCCAACACUUACUGAAGAACUAUUUGAGAAAUAAUGCAUUUUAUAAGGUCUUUAACAUGGCAAGCAAAAGUAUUGAUGCAGAUCAGAGAUUAACUCAUGAUCUGGAAAAGUUGACAACUGAUUUGUCAGGACUGGUUACUGGAAUGGUAAAGCCAUCUGUGGACAUUGUCUGGUUUACCUGGAGAAUGAAGCUGUUAACAGGUCAUAGGGGAGUUGCCAUACUGUAUGCUUAUAUGUUACUGGGUCUGGGUUUUCUAAGAACUUUUACUCCUGAAUUUGGUGAUUUGGCAAGUCAAGAACAACAACUUGAAGGAACCUUUAGGUUCAUGCAUGAAAGACUGCGUACCCAUGCUGAGUCUGUUGCUUUCUUUGGGGGUGGUGCUCGAGAAAAAGCUAUGAUUGAGUCAAGAUUCCGGGAGCUUCUCAAUCACUCCACGUCUCUUUUGAAGAAGAAAUGGCUGUUUGGUAUACUUGAUGAUUUUACCACAAAGCAACUCCCACAUAAUGUGACUUGGGGGUUGAGCUUGUUAUAUGCUAUGGAACACAAGGGUGACCGAGCAUUAGUUUCCACUCAAGGUGAGCUGGCACAUGCAUUGCGGUUCUUAGCUUCUGUUGUAUCUCAGAGCUUUUUAGCCUUUGGCGACAUUCUUGAAUUGCAUAAGAAAAUCAUUGAGCUCUCUGGUGGCAUUAACCGAAUUUUUGAACUUGAAGAGCUUCUAGAUGCUGCACAGUCCACGGAUUCUAUGUUUGAUAGUAAGUCACUAUCUAAGAGGAGAGAUCUUUACUCUGAAGAAGCCAUUUCCUUCUCUGAGGUGGAUAUCAUUACCCCGGCACACAAAAUGUUGGCUAGGCAGUUGACAUGUGACAUAAGACCAGGGGAAAGCCUGCUUGUAACUGGUCCAAAUGGGAGUGGGAAAAGUUCAGUCUUUAGAGUCCUUGGAGGUCUGUGGCCUGUCGUUAGCGGAAGACUUGCUAAACCAAACCAGAAUAUUGCUGAAGAGGCUGGAUCUGGUUGUGGUGUCUUCUAUGUUCCUCAGCGACCUUAUACAUGCUUAGGAACGCUGAGGGAUCAAAUUAUAUAUCCUCUCUCCUCUGAGGAAGCAGAGUUGAAGGCGCUGAAGUUGUAUGGAAAAGGUCAAAAAACUGCUGACACCAAAAACAUCCUUGAUUCACGAUUGAAAACUAUUUUGGAGAAUGUUCGAUUAAAUUAUCUUUUGGAAAGAGAGGAAGCCGGUUGGGAUGCUAAUGUGAAUUGGCAAGAUAUUCUUUCUCUUGGGGAACAGCAGAGAUUGGGCAUGGCACGCUUAUUCUUUCACAAGCCUAAAUUUGGCAUCCUUGACGAGUGUACCAAUGCAACAAGUGUUGAUGUCGAAGAACACCUUUAUAGGAUUGCAAAGGAUUUAGGAAUCACAGUUGUUACCUCCUCACAACGACCAGCACUUAUACCAUUCCAUGCCAUCGAAUUACGGCUAAUUGAUGGGGAGGGAAACUGGGAACUUAGUUUAAUCAAGCAAUGAAGUCAACUCUGCUAGCAUCUGCAAUGACUUCCCUUUUUCACCGUGUAAGAUGAUAAUAACGCUUACACUUUGCGGUGGGAAAAAGCCAUAUUUGGCUUUGCUAAUAGAAGAAAUUGAUUUUUUUUACAUAUACCAUGAAUUAUUGUGCUAUAUACUUCAGGUGGGGCUAAGUCAGAUGCUAAUCAAAUCAGUCCGAGUGCAGAAACGAUUAUACAAAUGGAUAAUAAGAUUGGAGCGUACAAGCGUGUCACAAUAGCUUAAGUAGCAUAAAGUAAAAUCCUUUCUGUAAAGUUUUCUUCCAUUUUUUCCCCCUUUUUAUUAGCCAUUUGAUCAGUCAUAUCAUAUGUUGUAAGAAUUCUAAAUCUAUUACAUUUAUUAGCCCCCCAUCAAUAAAAAUGCCAGAAGAAAAGGUUAUUUUGAUCUCA